AUGAGCAAUUCUGCGGCGCAGAAUGAGCCCUUGUCGCCCCCUUUGUGUGGCCCACCUGCGACGCAGCCCCGUCCGCGCGCGCAGCUCCAUUUCCUCCCAUCCGCGGGGGCGCAGCUCCCUUCUCCCCCUCCCACCUCCAUCCCUCCCCCUCCCCCUCUCAACUCAACCCUUGACGACCUCUUGCGAUUGAAGUCGCAUCAUUCGCCUCACCAUGAUAGACCGGCGCGUUAUCCCGCCAUUCACGGAGGAAGUUCCUACCCCUUCUCCUUCCCGCCCUCUCCCCCUCCUCUGCCGAUCCGGGGAGGGGGGGCGAGGGUGCGGGCGGGGAUGAGUGGAUGGGAUGGGAUCCCCGUCUCACGGCUCAUCGUCUCUCAUCGGCGCAUCACCUCUGCCAGCACUGCCGCCGCCGGUGCUUCCAGCCCUUCUCACACCAUCAUGGGUUCGCACGGCGUGCCUGUGACUCGGAGCGUGGGCCUCCUGCUCGCUGCACUGGCUGCUCUCAUGCUCUCAGCCUGUGCGCCCAGGGCGGCCGCCGUUCGCCAUUCGCACGGCCUGCUGACAGCUGCUUCAAGCAACGCCGCCGACCGUAAGUCACCCGCCUCACAUCACCAGCGCCUCAAACGCACCCUUGCCCGUCUACGUGCCCUCAAUCCCUCAAAGGGUAUGACGGACACUCACCCAUUCCUCCCAUUCACCACUCACUGCUCACCUCUCACCGCUCCUAGUAGCGCUGCUCUGUUUGAAGCAUCUUACCUUGUCAGGCGGAUCACUCACACCUUUCUUUGCUCUCCACGAGUGCAUGCUCCGUCUCACCACGCCUUUGUCUCCUCGUUUUUCCUCUCCUCAUCCCUUCCGUUUCUCUCUGUUCCUACCCUCCUGGACCCUCUCUUUGUCUCUGGCCACUUUCUCUCUUUCACUCUGCCAGACUCGUGUGUGCAGCGCAACUGUGGCGCCAAUGCGGUGUGCGUGAAGGACAGGGGCAGCGCCACCUGCGUCUGCAACGUUGGAUUCUCCAUGACGCCCACUGGCUGUGUUGACAACUGCGCACUUAAAGCGUGUGGCGUCAACGGCAAGUGCAUCAAGGACAGUGCCGGAGUGGCGUCCUGCGUGUGCAACACUGGCUUCGUGCUGCAGGCUGACAAGACUACAUGCAUUGACACUUGUGUGCUCAAGAGGUGUGGGAGUAAUGCCAAGUGCGUGAAGAGCGCUGCAGGAGUGGCGUCUUGCGUGUGUGACACUGGCUUCGUGCUGCAGCCUGAUGGCGUCACUUGCACCGACACAUGUGCGCUGAAGAAGUGUGGCGUCAACGGCAAGUGCAUCAAGGACAGUGCUGGAGUGGCGUCCUGUGUGUGCAACGUUGGCUUUGCUCUGCAGCCCGACGGUUCCACAUGCACUGAUACUUGCGUCAUCAAGAGCUGUGGUGCCAAUGCUAAUUGUGUGAAGGACGCUCAAGGCGUGGCAUCCUGUGUUUGCAACACGGGCUUCCAGAUGCUGGAAGGCACUUGCACUGACACCUGCGUCAUCAAGAACUGUGUGAGGGGCCGGUGCAUCAAGGACGGAUCUGGAGCGGCGUCCUGUGAAUGUAGCACUGGCUACGUUCUGCAGGCAGAUGGCAGGACGUGCAAAGACACCUGCGAGAUCAAGAACUGUGUGAAUGGAGGGUGCAUCCAGGACGGAUUAGGAGUGGCGUCCUGCGUUUGUCAAGAUGGUUUUGCGCUGCUGCUGGAUGGCAGGACGUGUGCUCAUGUCUGUCAGAUCAAGAACUGUGGUCCCAACAGCCAGUGUUUUCCUGCUGGCAAUGGGGCUUUUUGUGUGUGUAACACUGGCUUCGUGCUGCAGGCGGAUAACAGGACGUGCACUGAUGCCUGUGUGGUCAAGAACUGUAGUGCCAACAGCCAAUGCUUUCGUGGUAGUAACGGGGCUUUCUGUGACUGUAACCCUGGCUACGUGCUGCAGGCGGAUGGCAGGACGUGCAGCCAACCUCCUCCUGACCCGUGCCUUUCAAUGACCUGUGGUGCGAACAAGCACUGUAACAACAGUAAUGGAGUGGCGUCAUGUGUUUGUGACAUUGGUUUCGAGAUGCAGGCGGAUAAUACGUGCAAGGAUCGGUGCGAUGGCUUUUCGUGUACGUUUGAAGGCUAUGAGGGCGUUGCGUCCUCCCCCGCACACUGCGAGAAGUCGCCAGUCACAGGGGAUCCAUUUUGUGCCUUCGAUGACUGGUUGCAUGACUAUGCUGCGGAUUAUUAUGAUUGUGUUG